AGUUGUUGGAAUUUCGCUAGGAGUAACUAAAGCGGAAGGCCAUGGAAAUGAACAUUUUUGUUGGCUUUCCAUCUCUCGUGGUUUAAUAUGGGCUUUUGUCGGACCUGCCUUAGUCAUAAUAGUCUUCAAUAUUAUCUGCCUUAUACUGGUUAUAAACAAAAUGUGUGGAGUGAAAUCAAUGGAGAAGAAGACUUAUACCGAGAAGAUUAAAACCAGUUUGCGUUCUCUGUGCGUGCUCGUGCCUCUGAUGGGCGUUUCUUGGAUACUCGGCAUCUUCUACAUCAACGAUGAUUUGUUUUUUAUGCAAUACCUAUUCGCAAUCUGCAAUGGGCUUCAGGGAGUUUUCAUCUUCAUAUUCCAUUGUUUGCUGAACAAAAAAGUAAGACAAGCCUUGAAAAGAGACGCCAGUCGGCGUGAAAUUCUGCGUUCAGCAACAGAGUCGACUGUUCAAACUGGUCAGGGAAAAGACAAAUCUUCGUCGUCGAAAACGUGCAACGCGGAGUUUCAAUCCGAAAGUACAGAUUUUACCACGUCCGAUUGGAGAAACAAGUCGACAGAGAGCAAAUCAGAAUCCUCAGGAGGGGCAUAUAAUUUGCCGCUGGUCGGCGACAUCAACAGAAUUAUGAGACCAGCUCUCUCCGUCCAUCCACGGGCUCUUCCGCGUCACUCUCGGGACGAGACAGUGUUUAAUUACAAUGAUUAUACAUAAAUCAUUUAACUUAAAUAGCGGCCGCUUAGGUGGAACAUUCACAGAUUUUUGACUCUGAAUUAUUCUUAAAGUAAUGAGCUACGUAUGUAUUUUCGCCGACAAAAAUGGCAUCCUCGUAUUAACGUAGUAUUCCCAUCAUCAAUAUAUUCACUCAUUACGAUGCGCAUAGGUGUAAGCUUUUGCCAAAGUAAUUGAUAUACUUUGCGGUGUUGAUUGUUUGUGAUGAUACUUACUUUGUAAGCGUUACAAGAAAGUUGUUUACCAAAAAAAUGUACCUUUUAUGUGAUAAACUGUGUAUAUAUUAUAUAUAAUAAUACAUAUGUUUAAUACAGGCACUGAAUUGUAAUUAACAACUCUCUGUUAAUUAUAACCUGCAAAGCAGAGGACGUUGUUUUACCAAUACUUCUUUUUUAUUUUCAAUACAUUUUUAUUAUGCAUAUGUGUCUUAUGUCACCAGCGUAUAAAUACAAUUGGGUUUUAACUAUUCUAAAUGUGAACCGAUGUAACAAUAUUAAAUAACGCUAGUUCUAUAUUUUGCCAUUAUAAUGUGAUUCCCCUAAAUGCUUUAUUGCAAAAUGGCAACAAUUUUAAAUUUACAAAUGACAAAGAAUGGGAUGUUAAGCUCUACAAACGUUUUAAUAAUUAUGUAUGAGGUUUAUACAUUUUGCUUAAUCAUUGUGUUGACUGGAAAAGAUUGUUAUAUUAUGUCACUAGCAUGAUUAGUUUUAGUUCCAAUUGUUAAAACAAAAACAAAAAACGAUUGACU